UUAGGAUGACGAUGCGAACAGAACGCAUUGAAGAUGGGAAUACGCAGUAUAUUGCUUGCUUUUCGAGUCUUAGGUAUACUUGCUGGAGGUUGGCAGGUUUGUUGCCUGGAGGUGAAUCCAGUGUCACUAUGAGCGCCCUCGUCCCUUGCGUGACCCCUUCUCUUAGCCACUCGUUUUGGGCCCGAGGCCUCGCCCCCCCGGAAGCGAACACCGCGGCGAGGCGCUCGGUUUCAUGCGUUCGUACGAGCGUCUCAUACGCUACCCUUCGGAUUUCGAGCUGGCCAAGGAGGCGCACCUCAUCUCGCCCUUCCCAGUAUCAGCACGACGAGGGCAGCAGAAGACAUCGCAAUCGGAGCUGACGUACGCCGACUUCGCAGCGUUCAUCCGAUCAUUCUCCAACGUCAGCAACGCCGAGGCGUCUCCUAGGUGGCACUUUGGCCAGUUCCGCCUGUCCCGGCUACACUGCGCCGUACGCAUCUUCCAGCCCUCGGCCGCGACGCAGAGGGGACUGAAAAACAGGGUCUUCUACGAGGAGGAGUUUUGGCAGAUCCGGCGGUUCCUCAAGAAGUCCGCCGCCACGCUCCUUUCCGUAUUCGCCGCGCUGUCUCUGAUCCUCUCGGCGAUGCAGGUGGUGCUGGCCGCCAAGGACGACGGGGGGUGGCGUGCCUUUACGGAGGUGAGCGCGUGGUCCGCGGUCACGGUCAUCGUAGCGGUUGCGGCCGUCUUUGUUGGGUUGGCGUUGGUUGGCCCCGGCUUCUGGCUGUGGCAGUUCCAGUUCGGAUACCGGUCGUGGAGGAGAAGUCAUGCCGUCCUCAGGGAAGCCAAGAUUCGUGACGGUAGAGGCGGAUAGCAACCGGUGUUUGUCGAAGGGCAUCUGCCAAGCUGGUGAGUACUUGGUUCAAG